UCGGGUCUUCGUGACGGAUUGCAGCAAGCGGGCAGAAUGGAUACUUGUACGGGGAAACGGGUUAAAGUCCGGCUUCACUUUCCCGCCAAUUCCUCAUAACCGUUAAGUAACCGUUUCUUUUGUUGGAAAUUCAUAUUAAACAAAACCCUAGAAAAUAAUUGAGAGAGUUCCCAACUUCUCCGCCCUUCGACAGAUUGAAGUUCAACCUCUGCGACUAAUGCCGACACAAUCCAUUCUCAUUGUACUCCUCCUCGUUCAGUCAGCCUUCGUCGCUUCUCAGGCGUCGCAAUUACAGAAAUACGCUUCGAAUCCCCAUCUAUUUUCAGCCCAAUCCUCAUCGAGAAAAAGCAUCCUCAGGCUUUCGAAGCCUCUGAUUCGAGAUGAUGGAAGAGUCUACAGUUGUUUAGAAAGAAGGUUCUUUGCGUUUGAAAGCAACGGUUCCAUUGCUUGGACAGUCAAUCUAAAGUAUACGUGUAAUGCUGGAAUUGCUCCGGUUCACGGUGGUUCAAGAAAGAUUUAUUUGGCAGCAGAAAAUAGAGUGAUGAGAAUCAAUCCUUUGAAUAUUGGAACUUCUGAAUCUGCCGUGGAGGUUUUCUUUGAUCCAGAUCCAGGAGAAGAGACGGGUGAAAUUGUUGGUCUCUCUGUCAGCACAUUGAGUUCGUCUGUGUUUAUCAACGUUAAAAACAGGGGACUCUUUGCGUACAGGCUCCAGGGCCAAAUGCUAUGGAGUGCUGGCCCUGUGCUUUAUCAAUCUGGGUAUCGUCAAGGUUGCAGGAAAAACUAUAAAGAUUGUUAUUUUGACUCAGCACCUGUUAUUGACCAGUGUGAAGCUAGUGUAUACAUCUCAAAUACAGAAGGGGAAGUCUAUGCAAUGUCACUUGGAAGUCCUCAUUUUAAGUGGAUCCAGGAUUUGAGUGCAUUAGACAAGAGUUUUGUGAUUAGUCCGGGAAACAAUGGUCGGGUAUAUGUUACUGUACCAGUUAAGGCUCUUGUGCUGGCUCUUGAUGCUUCUACUGGAACAGUUUUGUGGCAAAGUAGUAUUGGACCAUUAAGUACAACAGAUUGUGCGCCAGUUAUUGAUUCUAACGGCUGGAUAUCUAUUGGUUCAUUGGAUGGUUUCCUGUAUUCAAUUUCACCAACUGGAGUUCCCAAGAAAUUUCCCAAAGCUGCACCGCUAGAUUUUGUAGUUCAAGUUAGUCCAUUUCUUGAUUGUUCAGGCUAUGCAGUUUAUAUCUCUCAGGCAGAGAUGGAAGGAAAAGUCAGCCAUACAAUUGGCGAGUACACUUACAUCUCAGCCCUGAAACCAAAAAAUGUUGUGUUCACUUUACUUGUCCCAGCAACCGGGACCAUCUACUGGUCUGAAAGUUAUCCUGCAUCAGGUCAAUUACCAUCCAUAUUGAAAGAGAGUGAUCUGCAACACUUUGUGCUAGAUGAAAGCAUCAUUCUUGCCUUUAUUACUGCUUCAAAUAUUGGCAACCGACUUCCAUGCCGUAGCACACGUCAGAAGCUUGCAACCAGCUGCUCCCAAGCAGAACCCCAGCAUGUUAGCAUCUACACAGGUGAUGAAAGGACAAUUCUGUUAUUUCUGUUGCUCGAGACUGUAACAUUGAUAGUACUAGUGGUAGUUGUACGAUUCUGUUGUAUAUUUUGGAGGAAAAAGAAGCUCCAAAGUCAAGACUUGGGAAAAUUCUUAGAAAAGCGACAUUUUCUUCAGCUCCAAAAGAAAACAUUUGAUCAGGCAAUUACAGAACUCGAGCAAAAUGCUGCAGAGGAAGCAGUUCCAAACAAAAUGCUUGAAAGGCUGGAUGAUUUGGUAAAGCAAAAGGAGGACAUAGAAAGGAAGCUCUCAACAACCUAUAGUUUAGGAAGGGAUAGAACUAAGUCAGAGUCAUUGAAAUCUCUCCUUCCAUUGUAUGAUGGAAAAGCAAAGAGCUAUUCUUUCCAAGAAGGUGCAGAGAAAGAGAGUGACACUUGGGCUGAUAGCAGCAGAAACAAGAAAGAAGCAGAGUCAACUUUCUUCCAGUACAUGCAGUCAGCAGCAGCUGCAGCUAAAGCCAAGGGAAAGGCACCAAUUGAAGUUGGAAGCUCCAGUGACCAGGAAACUGAAGAAGAAUACGAGGGUGCCUCUGCCUACGACGAUGAAGGGGAAGCCAGGGAGACUUUACACCAUGGUAGCAGCAGGAGCAUAAUGAGGAGGAGGAGAACUUUGUCUUCCACUAACUAGAAACUGAAGAAAGAACAUGUAACUGAAGAAAAAACAUGUAUUUUUGUAGCUCUAGCUUGUUCCUAACCUCUACCUCUUGAACAUGACUGCAUGUUCUUCUUGUAAAUUUCUUUUGAAUGGAAAGA